UUGAAUGUCUUUUUUUUAUUCUUUGCCCCUUGUUCUCAGGUGAUUCAGACCAUCAGUGCGGUGGAUAAAGACGAACCUCUGAACGGACAUCGCUUUUAUUUCGCCCUGGCUGCCACCGUCGCCGGCAACCUCAACUUCACCCUGCGAGACAACAAAGACAACACGGCGUCCAUACUGACCAAACGGGGAGGCUUCAAGAGGCGCGAGCAGCCCAUGUACGGCCUGCCCGUGCUGAUCGUGGACAGCGGGAGCCCGGCCCUCAGCAGCACCAACACGCUGUCGGUGCGCGUGUGCGACUGCGACUCCGACGGCGUGGCCCUGUCCUGCGGGGCGGUGGCCUACACCGCCACCGGCCUGAGCACCGGCGCCCUGCUGGCCAUCCUGGGCUGCAUCAUCACGCUCCUGGUGAUGGUUCUAUUAAUUGUGACGAUGCGCCGGAGGAGAAAGGAGCCGCUGAUCCUGGAGGAGGAGCGCGACAUCCGGGAGAACAUCGUCCGCUACGACGACGAGGGAGGGGGGGAGGAGGACACCGAGGCCUUCGACAUGGUCACCCUGCGCAACCUCAACGUGAUCCGGGACCCCAGCGCCAGGCGGGACGUCACGCCGGACACGCCGACUUUCUUCCACUACCCGUCCGCCUCCCGCCCGGCCUACAAGUCCCUGCCGGACAACGUGGUGUUCCGAGAGUUCAUCUGGGAGCGGCUAAAGGACGCCGACGUGGACCCGUCGGCCCCGCCGUACGACUCGCUGCAGACGUACGCCUUCGAGGGCAGCGGCUCGGUGGCCGAGUCGCUGAGCUCGCUGGAGUCCCUAAGCACGGACUCGGACCAGAACUACGACUACCUCGGCAGCUGGGGGCCGCGCUUUAAAAAGCUGGCCGACCUGUACGGCAACGGCGACGGCGCCGCCGUCUUCUCAUAG